AUGGCUUCGUCGUCGCAACUCCCCUCUGUCGUCCAGCUCAAACCCUUCCUCCAGCCGUUCCCGUACGGGCGCGAGGGGAUGGACUCGUGGGCCGCUCAGUACGCACUCGCUACUCCUUCCCUUAAGGCUGGCGUCGAGAAGGACGGCGGGAUCAAGGCAUCGCAGCCGUACGGUGAAAUCUGGCUCGGCAGCACGCACCAGAACGGGCCUUGCGAGGUUGAGGGCAAGGAGGGCGAGUCGUUGAAGGACUUGAUACAGAAGGACCCGAGGUUCUACCUGGGCGAGAAGCUUCUCAACGACCAGCAGAUGGCGUCGCAGUACCCGAACGACUUGCCGUAUCUCUUCAAGGUGCUCAGCUUCGACAAGCCGCUGCCACUCCAGUGCCACCCGGACAAGACGCUCGGAGGCAAGCUGAUGGACGAGGAAAAGCGCAAGUUGGGCAAGAACUCGGACUUUGUCGACUCGAACGCCAAGCCCGAAGUCGGCGUCGCCCUCAGCCCCUUCACCGCCUUCGUCGGCUUCCGCCCGCCCGAGCAGCUCGCCGCUACCCUUCGAGGCACACCUGAACUCCAGCAGAUGUUCAAGGACUCGACGCUCGAGUCGUUCUACCAAGUCGCCUCCUCCUCUCCCUCCGACGACCAAGCCAAAGCCGCCCUCCGCUCGCUCUUUCACGAAGCGAUCAAUCUCCCCAAGUCCAAAGUCAAGUCGAUCGUCCAGGCUCUUCAGGCGCGCUUCAAGAAGGACAGCGCCGACGUCGUCUUUGCCGCCGCGAACGAGUUCACGCCGCAGGGCGAGGCGAAUGCGAGUGGAGAGACGGAGGCGACGGCGAUGAAGAGGGUGUUUGAGAUUGGGCUCAAGACGUAUGGCGAGGAGGACGUCGGAGUUCUCGCUUCGCUGGCACUCAUGAACAUCCUGAGGCUGCGAGCUGGGGAGGGAACGUGGAUCCUCGCCGACGACUUGCACGCGUACGUCGAGGGCGACAUUAUCGAGUGCAUGGCCAAUUCGGACAACAUGGUCGCGCACGGACUCGGUACUUCGGAACAGGGCGGCAUCAGCACGUUCGUCGAGAUGCUCAGCUACCGCCACUUGCCUGCCGAGAAGCUCCUCGUCUCGCACGACGAUGUCUGGUCGAAGUCGGAGAACGGCUAUGCGCGCCUGUACAACGUCCCCAUCGCCGAGUUCGACCUCCUCGCGAUUUUCCUCUCGACAGGACGCAACUUUGAACGCCUCUCUCCGCUCGACGGCCCUCUCUGCUUCGUUGUCACGCAGGGCGAGGUCACUGUGAGUACAGGCGACGACUCUGUCACGCUCACGAAGGGACAGGCUGGCUUUGUGAAGGCGGGUACGGAGGUCAAGUUCACGAGGGAGGGUGAGGCGCCGACGCAGGUCUGGGGCGCGUUCUACCAGUAG